UGCUCUUGCAUUCUCGCAAAGUGCUAUAGAGGAGCAACGGUACCAGGACGCGUCAAGGUUGACAAAGCUAUCUGGGACCACUUUUGUAAUUGCCAACUCUUCACUGAUUAUUUUCCUAUAUGUUGCUCCAGAAUAAAUGGUAAGUGUUGAUCGGUAAUUCUUGUGAACGUAGGUAAUACUGAAUCUCUGACUGUUUGUGACCUAUAUCCCCUGAAAACCUGAAUCUCAGAUUGCUUUAGCUUAGCGCCUACAUGGCAGUCCUCUUGUCGUGAACAUUUUGAUCUGUGUUCCGUAUAUGCUUGUAGGAUCAUAGUGCGGUGGUCAUGGGAUUGGGAUCUGCUCCGUAUUUGCAGGGUGAAGCCUUCGUGUCUCCUCGAGGGAAAGUCACUGACCUUUCUUGGGACGUGGACCACUGACGGCCCCCGUCAUCCCCCAUGACGGUGAUCCUAGGGUGAAGCCUUCGUGUUUCCUCGAGGGAAAUCUACCAGUGCGGGAUUGAUUUAGUCAGCACCAUUGGACACAGGGUUUAGUUCCAUUGCCUGGACCCAUCAAUGAAUCAUGGUGCCAAGGUCUUGAUGGUUCGACUUCAAGGUACUGAUAUUCUCCAGGACUAUUGUUAGCAUCCCUUGUGGUCCAUCUGCAUUAGCAGUGAAGAAAGUCGCAUGGGGACUUGCUUGAUAUGUUGUUAUUGCUCAGACAUGGCUGAGAAGGAGGAAACAAAGGGCCGCUGCCCUGCCUGCCACACACGUUAUGACAAGGAUAUGAUCGUCAAGAUGGCCGCCACUUGUGACAGGACAGUGGCAGAUAAAAAUGCGGAGAAGAAGCAAAAGGCCCAAAGGGUUAAGCCAAAGGCAGCACCAACAGCAACAACAACAUCAACCGUAGAAUCUAAGAAGCAUCUUGCUACUAUCAGGGUUAUCCAGAGAAAUCUGGUGUACAUAAUUGGGCUACCUGCGCAUUUAUGCAAUGAGAGCGUACUUGAGCGUAGGGAGUACUUUGGUCAUUAUGGGAAAGUUUUGAAGGUUUUAGUUUCCCGUCCGACUGGGCCUCCCUCUCAGCAGGCAUCAGCAAACAGCAGUAUUAGUGUGAGAUAUACGUGGAGCGUCAGAAUUAUAUGUGCAUCUACAAGAACAGUUACAACAAUUCUCCAUCAGGUUGAUGUUCAUACAUCUCAGAUAUAAAUGUGGGGGAGACGGUGCCUCAUCAAUGAUGAGUAGGUUGAUUCUCAUCUAGCGGCACCAUUGCUCACUACAACUGGUUUGCUUGAGCAACUUAAUGUCACUCUCAAGAGGACCCUCCUUUCGACCGACACCCUGAAGCACCACACAAGCUUUAGAAAGUCGGAAUUGUACUUCGUAUACAUAAAUUACAUGAUAUUAUAUGUUCAUGUAAUUCUAUGUUGAUUCUUUAGAAAUAAUAUAUAUGAUAUUGUAAUGUGUGUUCGACAUC